AUGGACACGCGCUGGCUGUCGCUCGUCUCACCAUUUCCGCCGCUCUUCCCGCUUCCGCAUCCGCUACCGCAUCCAUUUGCGAUGACCGGACCGUUCCCACGCAUUCCGGUGUUUCCUCAGAUAGGACCAUUGAUCAAAACGGACAAAUCGAAGCAGUUUUUUGUGGAACAAUUGUUACCACAUGAUGAAGAGAAGCAACCAUCUUCACCACUUCUUCAGAUACCAAAAGCCUUACCUCCAGUACUUCCGACGCAACCGCUCGAGUUCGUUAAUGGCGGUUAUGGAAUGAAAAAUCCUCUUGCCACGGGUGCAAUUAUGCCAAGAGACGAUACAGCGACAGCCAGCGAUCAUGGACAGUACAAUUGUCGUGUCUGUGGUAAGAAAUUCGCUUUACAACGCCUAUUGAAUCGACAUACAAAGUGUCACUCAGAUUUGAAGAGAUACUUAUGCACUUUUUGCGGCAAAGGAUUCAAUGAUACGUUUGAUCUGAAGCGGCACACAAGGACCCAUACAGGUGUGCGUCCAUACAAAUGCGAGCAGUGCGACAAGUCGUUCACGCAACGUUGUUCCUUAGAAUCGCAUUUGAGGAAAGUUCAUGGAGUCCUUCAUAACUACGGAUAUAAGGAAAGACGGAAUAAGGUAUUUGUUUGUGAAGAGUGUGGCUUCACGUCGGAGCUGUUCGACGUUUAUGUAUCGCAUUUGAAAAUGUUGCAUCCUUUUUCUGCCUCGCUAAUUCGUCUCUCUGCACCGCCAAAGAAGUUACAAACAGUUUCCCCAGCGACGACUUCAAGUUCAAGCAAUUAA